CGUCAUUCUCUAGGAGCACGCAUGUGCUUUCCAUCUGGGUGAGUCUGGUUUAGGUGUUUGGAAGCGGGGGAAGAGAGAGACGAAAGUACGCGCCGACUCCAAAACAACAUUGGACAAUGUUUAUGGCCCUUUCUGGACUGGAAAAGAAUGUUGUUUGAAUAAACAGACAGGUGAAGGUGAGGGCCUUGAAUUGAAGAUCUAGCAGUGUCAUGACCUCUGUGGAGAGUGGCGUUGUAAUGGCGGAUGAGGAGGAGGAAGAGGACGAGGAGGUACCUUCUGGUACACCCAGCCCCUCCACUACAACUCCACCCAGCCUCUUCUUCAUCCUGAAGCCGGGGCAGGUCAGCCACGGUGGGCAGGACCAGGACAUCCUCUUAACCAAUCAGGACCGUAGCUCGGCAGCCCCUGGCACCCCGGCCGUAACGGCGCAGGGCCUUCCUCCCAUGACCCCCAAGGGGUCCACUGUAGAGGCUGCAUCCCUGCAGUCGGACCUUUCUGCCACCAGCACCUGCAAAGGUGUGACGGUCACCCUUCGCAAUAGCCACAUGUGGAAUGAGUUCCAUGGCUGCAGGACGGAGAUGAUCCUGACCAAGCAGGGCCGCCGCAUGUUCCCGUACUGCAGCUUCAGCAUUGCUGGCCUGGAGCCCCUCAAGCGCUACGUCAUGGUCAUGGACAUCGCGCCCAUGGACAACAGCCGCUGGAAAUGGAACGGGCGCGAGUGGGAAGCCUGCGGGAAGGCAGAGCCUCAUGUCCUGGACCGCGUGUUUAUCCACCCGGACUCCCCGUGUCUGGGUCAUUGCCUGACCCAGAGCUCCGUGUCCUUCUAUAAGCUGAAACUGACCAACAACACCCAGGACACGGAGGGCCACAUAAUCCUGCACUCCAUGCACCGCUACCUGCCGCGGCUGCACCUGGUCCCGGCGGAAACGGACGACGGCGGCGGCAUCGAGCUCAGCGGCCCCGACGUCGCGACGUUCACGUUUCCGCAAACCGAGUUCAUCGCUGUCACCACCUACCAAAACCUGCGCAUCACGCAGCUGAAGAUCAACUGCAACCCCUUCGCCAAGGGCUUCCGGGAGGAAGGGCCAUUCUCCCAGCUCUCCAGGCCCAGGGCAGAGUCUUCAGACCCCCUCCUCUCCCUGGAGCUCAACAGCUCCGAUAGCAGCAACACCAAGCUAAGGGACCUACAGAAAACCUUGCAGUUACUGUUUAGGCCUAGCGAGGGCUUGGAUAAGGCUGUGGAGCAGGAGCUCCAGCAAACGGUGUGCACUGGUGCCGAGUUCCUUAAUGGUGUGCAGUCUGUCUUACAAACGGGCAGUGUCAUUAGGGGUGAAAAACGUCCGAACCCAGCGGUACGCUCCGAGCGGAAUAGCAAGCUGAAGGUGAGAAGGGUCGAUCCCAAGAGGAGAAAUGGCGCGUAUGCAGAGAAGGAGACGGAGUCGGCUGUGGACGACGUCUCUCGGGAAGCGCGGCUGAAGAACCAGUCCUGCAUCGCCAGCGAGGCGACGUCGGCCGUGCGGGUGGACCGCGCGAUGGCCGACAGGCCUUCCCUCGAGGGGCCGACCGCGCCUGAGGCGAACGCCGCCGUCGGCUCGGAGUGCGAGGACCCCUGCGGAACGCCCGCUCUCGGCCCCGCCCCUCGGAGGGAAACGGGUUCCACCGCGAAGGCUGAACCAGCGGUCGUCUCAUCCGAGCCUCUGUCCGCGUUCCCCACAUCGUUGUCCCUUUCCCAGAAAUCGUCGCCCGAUUCCCGCGUAUCAUUACACCCAUUCAGCCAAUCACCAGCUGUCCCCGUGCUGACACCUGUUUCCAGGCCAUCGUCAGCAGGCAGUGAUAAAGGUGCGAGUUUGCGCAGCCAGGCAACACCAGGCGGAAAGGUAAACCUGGAGGCAGCCGCUCCUGGAACAACACCACUCACCUCUACUUCCACCUGGAAGAGGAAACAGAGGUCUAAGAGAAAGCGUUCUAGAAAGUGUAAGAAGUACGUGAAGAAAUCGGGCGUGGGUGCACAGAAGGUACCAGAGCCACCUGUUGAGGCGGCCAUGCUGCCUGACCUGGAGGAUGUGGAAGGGAUGCUCUUUGUGUCGUUCGUUUCCAAGGAAGCUCUUGGGGCUCAUCUUCAGGACCUACCACUCUGCAGAGAAGGCCAUGUGCCUCUACAGGAACAAACCACUCCAAAAAAAAUAGAGGUAGUGGAGACCUUGGAGGAGAAGAUCGCUCGGCUCCAGGAUCUCCUCCUGCUGGAUCUGCAGAAACUCAAACACAGACAGGUCGUACACACAGUCCUGCAAGAAGUUGGGCUGAAGUUAAGUUUAUUGGACCCGACUCUAGCAAUUGAUCUGCAGUAUUUGGGAGUGCGUUUACCCCUCCCCUUGCCCCUCUUUAGCCCUGAGGAUGACGAGGUCAAUGCUGGCCUUACGCCUUCACCAGAGGGAGCGCCAUUUCUUUCCAGGACAGGGAAAACUAAAGACUUCACAAAAAUUAAAGGCUGGAGAGAAAAGUUUGUCACUUCAGAAAUAUCCCCCUUAAAGCUUGCUGGGUCCCCAGAUGCACAGCCGGGCGCAGGUGCUGACGCAGGUACUGACGCAGGUGCGGACACAGGGCUGCGGAACCGUUCGGCCUUCUGCAGCGACAUGCUGGACGAGUACCUGGAGAGGGAGGCCCCGCUGAUGGACAAGCAGGCGGCCGGAGUCUCCGCCCCCAGCUCCCCGCCCCUCGUGCUCUACCAGCUCCCCACGAAGAGCAGCAGCUACAUCCGCCCCCUGCACACCGUGCUCAGCAAGCGGGCCCCCAGACCCGCCCCCCUGCCCGGACUGCCUCUGAAGCCCCUCCCAACGUGCCCCCAGGCCAAACCCAAACCCAAACGUACGGUUGGGCCCGCCCCCACCAAAGCGUCUGCCGCCUACAGCGCGAAGGCGGCCGCCAAAUCUCCGGCGGCCGCUAAGAAAGCGCCGGCCCCGCCCCCGAGCCCGCCCGCUCCCAAGCCCCGCCCCCCGGAGGCCGGCGCAAAGCCGGACUACACCGCGGCGAGGCGCGCGCUCGCCAAAGUGAUGCUGAAGCUCAUGGACCUGGAGGACAGGGCAUUGUGGGAAGGCUAUCGCCAGACCACCGUCACCAAUGAGAGGGCAGAGCGGGCUCUGGCUGCUCUGCUGACCGCACAGGGCACUUUAAAGAGGAGCAGAGGGCACGCCAAGUCCCACCCGCGCUGGAGCCCCCCCUGCAGGCGGGCCUUCUGCCGGCUGGGCUGCGUGUGCGCCAGCCUGGCCAAGGGGCGGCGGGUGGUCACGCACUGCCGCAAGCCCGCCUGCAUGUUCGGCUGCUCCUGCCUCAAGCACAAGAUGGUUCUCGUCAGACCCUCCCUGACGAGCCCCCCUGAGCCCGAGCGGGGAGACCUCAUUGGCCAAAAAGCACCAGGAGAGGCAUUUCCAUCAAACUCUGAGCCCGAGCGGGGAGACCUCAUUGGCCAGAAAGCAUCAGGAGAGGCGUUUCCAUCAAACUCUGAGCCUGAGCAGGGUGACGUCAUUGGCCAGAAAACACCAGGAGAGGCGUUUCCCUCAAACUCUGAGCCUGAACAGGGUGACCUCAUUGGCCAGAAAGCACCAGGAGAGGCGUUUCCAUCAAACUCUGAGCCUGAGCCGGGUGACCUCAUUGGCCAGAAAGCAUCAGGAGAGGCGUUUCCAUCAAACUCUGAGCAGAGUGACGUCAUUGGCCAGAAAACACCAGGAGAGGCGUUUCCCUCAAACUCUGAGCCUAAACAGGGCGACCUCAUUGGCCAGAAAGCACCAGGAGAGGCAUUUCCAUCAAACUCUGAGCCUAAACAGGGUGACCUCAUUGGCCAGAAAGCACCAGGAGAGGCGUUUCCAUCAAACUCUGAGCCUGAGCAGGGUGACCUCAUUGGCCAGAAAGCACCAGGAGAGGCGUUUCCAUCAAACUCUGAGCCUAAACAGGGCGACCUCAUUGGCCAGAAAGCACCAGGAGAGGCGUUUCCAUCAAGCUCUGAGCAUAAACAGGGCAACGUCAUUGGCCAGAAAGCACCAGGAGAGGCGUUUCCAUCAAACUUUGAGCCUGAGCAGGGUGGCCUCGUUGCCUUGGAAAUGAUAGAUGACGAUUCCACAUCGUAUUGCAAGAGGAAGAAGAAGAAGAAAAAGAAAAAGAAAAAGAAAAAAAAGAGGAAAAGAGCAAGACUAUCGUACGCCAUAUUGGAGGCGGAGACGGAGGUGGAGUUGGAGGUGGAGCUGCCGGUUCACCUGCACCGGCUGUGGAGCAGGAAGGCGGGGGAGGUGGAUCCGGAGCCCCUGUACGUCCCGACGCCCGUCCGCUUCGAUGCGUCGCUGCCCUCGGCCGACUUCCGCGUCCCCAAGCCCGCCCCUUUCAGGACUUACGUGCCCCGCCCGAACCCUGUGGUGCGCGACGAGGACAAGGACCCGGUGUACCUGUACUUCGAGAGCAUGAUGACGUGCGCCCGAGUGCGCGGCUACAUGAGCAAGCCUCCUCCCGAGCGGCCCCUGUGCUACUGCAAGUCAGUCCUCUGCAGCGGGAAGGAGGACGAUCCGUACCAUUACUCCGUUCACCUGACAGCAGAAAGGAGGCCGCCCAAAGACAAGGCGCGGGCCCCGGAGCCCCGGCAGGCCCCGGAGGAGCCGCGGCGGACGCUGGAGGUCCUGUCGGAGUGCGACUGGGAGUCGGAGCGGGGCCCCGUCCUGGCCGCCGUGUGCCAGCGGGCGGCGCAGGGCGACCUGGCGCGGCCCUUCCGCGUCGGGGCCUUCCUGGUCCGGCCCUUCGGCCCCGCCCUCGGGCGGGAGGGCGACGCCGGCCCCGUCGCCCACAAGGUGCUCAUCAGCCGCGGGAGGGGAGGGGAGAGCCCCCCUUCCGACCGGCGCGAGGCGCCGAGGCGGGACAGGGCGGCGAGGGGCUUCCCCUUCUGGUCCGACGUCCUGCCCGCGGGCCUCCUCAGCGCCAAGAAGAAGCAGCCCGGCCUCCCCGCCAAAGGGCUCAUCGAGGUCAACGGGAAGUCUUACUCCCAGGCCAAGGUGCAGCUGGGCCAAAUGGGCGCGCUGCACAUGACCAGCCGCCUGGCAGCUUACCUCACCGGCCGAUGGCAGCCGGCGAAUCAGAAGAGGCCCGUCAGGGCUCCGCCCGUCUCCAAAUUGACCGGACGCGGCGGCCACGAGAGCCCCGCCUCGCCGCCCGCUUGUCCCGCCGGCACCGCGACCCUUGGGUCCGCGAUGGCGGCCCUCGGCACCAGCGGGCCUGGUUUCCAUCCCCUGGCAUCUCCUGUUGCUCCCAUGCUCCUCGUCCCCGUCGAGGACCCCGACUGUGACUCCGCAGCCCCGGCCGGCGCUGGCUCGCCGAUGCCCCUGGUCCCCGGGGAGGGCGUGGUGUUGCACCCGGUCCACGGCCCCUCCGGGACGCCUCUGUUCCGCCACCCCAGCGGGCGGCUGGUCCACCUGGUGCCCCUCGACCAGCUGCACCCCGCUCCGCCCGACCCGCCCGCCUCCAGCCCAGAUGCUGUGGCUCAUCUACCUCAAGCCUCCCCGCCAGCGUGCGAAUCUGCCUCUGCAGACACAGGGGCCCCCAGCCCCAGCCCGACCACGCCGGCGCCCCCUCCCUGUCCCGCGGAGACCGCGGCCUCCGCCGCCGCCGUCCCCGCCGCUCCUAAGCCGGCUCCCAGCUUCCUGGGACAGCGCGGGACCCAGACCAUCCGAAUCUGCCCCGGCGUGUCCGUCGGGGCUCGCUCCAAAGGCCCGACGGCUCCCGCCGGCUUCACCCCGCUGCACGUCCCGCGGGGGACCCCCCCUCGGGCGCCCCGAACGGAAGCCGAGCCCCCCGGGACGGGCCCGCGCUCCCCGGAGAGCGGGACCCCGGAGGGCCCUGGCUCUGAACCCCGGCCCCCCGCCGAGACGGACAGCGGGGGUCCCGGGCCUUCGGCCUCCAACGGGGAACGCAGGUCACGCGGGGCCACGCCCGGGCCUGAUGAAACCCACCAAUUGCGCGCGAGCGUGCCCGUGCGCCGCCUGACUGCGACGGCGCUCGUUGACUCCGCUCCAACAGCAGGCUCGGCCCAGGGCGGCAGCUGGGUGUCGGAGAGGAGGGUGCUGGUGGAGGAUGCGUCGGAGGACUCUGACGAGGAUGUAGCGGGCAUGAUGAGUGAUGCGGAAUUGGAAGCAGAGCAGGAGGCUGAUGAUGAUGUGGAUGUUGAGACGAUGGAGGAGCUGCCUGAGGAAGAGUCCACUGCAGCUGCUCAGGAAAAGCUGACCCAAGCAGAACUCAUUCACCAAGCAGACAGCCAAUCAGAACUGGACACAAACCUGCAAAUGCAGCAGCUGGAGGCGAACGGCGAGCGGGUGAGCCGCACCGAGAGCGAACGCCGCCGGCGCAAUCAGAUGACGGACCUGUUCACCCGCCUGCAGGACGUUCUGGGGAUAGAGUCCAUGUCCAAGAUCUCCAGGGUCUACGUCCUCAGCCGGGCGCUGGAGGAGAUCCAGACUUUGGCGGAUGAGUGCAAUCGCCUGGAGGCGAAAAAGAGAAGGAUGACACGGCAGAGAGAGGGUUACAUCAAGGAGAUUGCCCAGAGCGCUGGCGCCGCGAGUCACCUUCCUCAACCCCUCCCACCAGCGUGUGAAUCUGCCUCCGCGGACGCGCGGGCCGACAGCCCCUCCCCGACCGCGCCCCCGCCCCCUCCCUGCCCCGCGGAGACCGCGGCCUCUGCUCGCACCCCGGAGCGCGCGCCGCGGAAGUGCGCCGCCGCCAGCAGCUCUGAAACGGCGGGCGGGGCCCAGAGCGGCAGCCGGGCGUCGGAGAGGAGGGCGCUGUUGGAGGCAGCUGAUGUGUCGGAGGACUCUGAGGAGGACGGUGCGGGCGAGACGAGCGACGCGGAAUCGGACGUGCAGCAGGAGACCGAUGCAGUGAAUGUUGAGACGCUGGAGGAGCUGCCUGAGAAGUCCACGACGCUGUCCAUGACUGCAGGAGCUGCUCAGAAAAAGCAGACUGAAACAGAACUCAUUCGCCAAACAGACAGCCAAUCAGAACUGGACACAAACCUCGCUGCGCGGCUGAGUCACACCGAGAGCGAACGCCGGCGCCGCAAUCAGAUGACGGACCUGCUGACCCGCCUGCAGGACGUUCUGGGGAUAGAGUCCGUGUCCAAGAUCUCCAUGGUCUACGUCCUCAGCCGGGCGCUGGAGGAGAUCCAGGCAUUGGAGGAUCAGUGUUGCAUUCUGGAAGAGAGGAAGAGGAGCAUGACCCGGAAGAGAGCGGGCUACAUCAAGAAGAUCGCCCAGAGAUCUGGGAAGCCCGAGGAGCUGAUUAGUCUGAAGCUGCAGGACAUUUGCGCCAAGCAGAGGAGCCUGGAGUCCAAGAAGAGGAAGGCCCAGCAAAGGGCCCCGGAGCCUGACAGGAAGCAGAGCCCCCCCACCCCAGCGUCAGAAACUGACACCUUCUUCCUGCCCAAGAUCGUAAGUGUCAGAUCGUUGGCGACAUCCCCGCUACUAACCACACCAGCAAGGGAGCAGGAUCUGCAAGCUGUUUUUGAAUCAGCCCAAACUGCAGUCUCCCCAGAGGGGUCUCAGAGUGGAGACUUACUGGGCGACCACCCCCCCACGCCAAGCUCCCUGCAGAAGGAAGGAGCCUGCAGUUAGCGAGAGGAGGAGGAGGAGGAGGAGGAGACUGAACAGUGACGCUGUUCUUGUAAACAAAUGGCUGAAGCACACGGUCUUCAGGCUGCCAUCGGACCCACAGUAGCAGGACUCGCUGGAGCCUGUAUGGCCAGAGCACAGUGCUCUGUGGGCGGGGCAUUGUGUACAAUGGAGGGCAGUGUAGUAUGUGACUCCACUCUCAACUCUUCACGCUGCCCUGUCUGGUGUUAUUCAUACAUGUCCGUCUCUCUACAUAAGCGUGUACAAACGAAUGUUGCGAGAAAAAUUGGCAUUUUCAUAUGCCUUUUUAUGUAUGCAAUAUUGCCUGAAGUGCUGUCCUCUGUGCCUGUUUUUGGCUAGAGGACCAAGUGCUCUGCUCACUCGGUUUCUCUCUAAACUGACUCCCGAGAGUCGCGUCAUUGUUGAGUUCUUUUCAUUUUUUGAAGCACAAACGUGACGGCAUAGCAUUCUAGAAUAAAUACAGGUUUAUACUGUUUCCCAGUUCACUUUCCUACAGAUGUGGCCUGAGCUGGAAGUGGAAUGUAUUCUAAGAAUGUAGUAAAAGUGCAUCGCGUACUAGCGGUCAGAUGCUUACGCAUUACACCCAUAUUGGGUUGACUGUGGCACGGUUAGGUUAGUGGUGGGAGGAAGUAGGGCUGGUUUAGGCCUCUUCGCAGGCCAGCAGUCUUGGCUGCCCUGCACGUGUACGGUGAAAGACUCCUGGACUGGGAUACCCUUGAAUGAAGAACACAGCAACAUUCCUCUUGUGGCUGUUUGACACUUGACCAUGUGACCAUGUUUUUUUUUGUUUUGUUUUUUUUUUCCUUCAUUGUUAUUUCACUGCUGCUAAACAAACCUAGCGUGACGGGAAAUAGUUACAAAUCUGGGAUGCCCUUUUUUUUAGGACAACUGUAUGUUCCCUGUAGGAGAAAGCGCACCCCUUGCCUUUAAGACACACUCUUGUCUCAGGAGGACUUCUGUUUUGCAAACCUCUCUGCCCCCCUCUCUGUCUCCCACUAAUUUUCUUUGACUUGUUUGUAUGAAUGAAAGAGCGGAGUCAAGGCUUUCAUUAUUAUUUAAAGGAAUGUUAAAGGAAGAGGUUUUCUGCAGAUAACUCCAGAUUACAUAUGUACCUGAAAUAAUGUUUACCAAAGACUAAAUCUCAUGGAAAAUAAAUAGUGGCUAUUAUGUAAUAAUAUGCAAAAUAUUUGAUAGGGCUGCAGUUAUAUUGUUUUUUUGUUUUUUUUUGGCAGGAUGCCAUCAGUGUGGGAGAAAAAAUAUAUUUCUUAUAUUAGAUAAAUGUGAAAUCUUUAUGUAUGCAUAGUUCCCUCACACGGUGCCUACAGCUGUAAUCAGUUCCAGAUGCAAACACUGACCAGCUUCAAACCAUCAUUGAACAAAACGUUUCUCCUACUUGAUAAGCUCAUGACUGUUAACCUGUGUAUGACUGGCAAGCGCAGUUUACAGGUAGUAGUUGUACAGUACUAGCAGAACUACUGCAGCGCACUAACAAACAAAACGCUAUUUUAUUAGGAGACUGAACAGUUGUGAACAGCUCGAAGUAGCAGUUUUUUUUACAAUAGUAAAAAAACAGACACUAACUGCCCUUUUGGCUGCCAGCUUAAUUAGUACUGUACUUGUACAUUUAUGCGUUUAAUAAUUACUUCUCAAAUAUUACAAGCAUGUGCUUCUUUGUAUUCUGGACCGUAUUUUUAUUAUUAUUUUCUUCAUAAAGUCAUGAGCUUGGAAGCAUUACACAAAGCUGCUCAGUAUGCAUGGUUAUUGAGUCUCAGUGGGUAGAUGGCGAACGAUUGGGCAUUUUUGUGGAGUAUUCUUUUGUUUUUUACUGGGCUAUAAAACACCUGAAAGCUACACCUGAAUAAGUGCCUGAAACCCUUUUGUAAUCUCUCUGAGUGCAUUGGCUUUGCAGUAGCAUUCAGAUAUACUUUGUUACUGUCGUCUUCAUAGUCACAGUCAGCUGCUGAAGUGUUGCAUAUACUGUAGUUACAACUGCUUGGUUUGCAUUUCCCAUGCCGUAUGUUAACUGCUGUGUUCAUAUAUUUAGAGGUUGUAUUUAAAGGAGAGAAAGUUAAAUGCUAAAUUAACAUUGAUCUUUAGGUCAGAAUUGUUGGCUUCCUGCUUGAUUAUUAUUACACUUUGUAAUCAGGUCAACAUGUCCUGUUAGUAUAUGUAUAUACUUGUGUGAAGACCAGUGAUAAUACAUGUGAUUAUUUCUUUUUUAUAUGUGACUCACUUUUUAAAUGAGCUGCUUGUGUAUUCAGAUUCUCUAAGAAUUUUUUUAUUUUUAUGUUCGGAAGCUGUUGACGAAAGCAAUGGAAGAUGGGUGUGGUCUUAAAAUUUAAAUAAACCCAUACAUGUAUAUCUAAGUUUGUAUUUUUGUCAGUGCUAUUUUCUGUGACAACCCAAAUGAAUCAGUCAUUCAAUAAAUGUGUGUUAAAACUAG